GAGGUUUUGAUUUUGAAGUUCAAAAAUAAAAUUGAUAAAGUAUUAGAAUUUUCUUAUCUGCAUGAAUGAAUUAUACUUUAAAGUUUUAAUCAAAUUGUCAAUGGUGUUCACAAAGUCCAAAAGUAAUUAAGAUGAAUUAUAUUAGUGACGCUUGGGUGAAAUACAACAGGAGGAAGUCUGUGAAAUAUGGAUUGCCAUUUCUCAUAUUUGUUGUAGGGGGUUCCUUUGGUCUAAGACAGUGGACACAAGUCAGAUAUGAAAUAGGAAGAGUAAAAGGAGUUACAAAAGAAGAGGCUGAAAAAAUGGGUCUUAAGAAAGAACGGGAUGUAACAUUAGAAAGUACAUUUGAAGAUAUACAGAAAUUAGACAUAGACCACUGGGAAAAUAAAAGAGGCCCUAGGCCUUGGGAAGAAAACACUAUCAUAGAUAAAACAAAAUAAGUAGUUUAAGUAAAUACAAUGUAAAAAUUGCUUUUUAAAUUAAGUUAUUUGUUGUGAUUUUAGAGUUAAUAACUGUUACUGUUAAUAUAUUAUGAUUCUUUGAAAAA